AUGGAAAGAUCAAAGACAAUUGCUAUUGUAGGUGCAGGUUUGAGUGGUCUGGCAUCACUAAAGAGUGCCUUGGAAAACGAUAUGAUGCCGACACUCUUUGAAAAGAGUGAUGAUAUUGGUGGUGCGUGGUCAUCCUCUACCAGUGGUUUGAUGUGGGAUACUCUACAUACGAAUGUCUCAAAGUACACCUGUAUGUUCUCUGAUUUCAUGUGGAGACCAGAGCAUCUUCAAGACGCGAAUCAAGAUUACUUUCCAAGUCAAAAAGAUGUCUAUCGUUACUUCCUAGACUACACCAAUCAUUUCAAUCUCAAACCCUACAUAAAAUUCAAUUGUAAAGUAACCAACAUUAAGAAACAACAUCAACAAGAACAGCAAUUCAUAAUAGAAUAUGAAGAUAAUAAUAAUAGCAAUAAUAACAAGAAAAAAACAGUCAUGUUUGAUUAUGUAAUAAUUGCAUCCGGUAUUUUCUCAGAGGGAAUGAUUCCAAAGAUUGAAGGAGCUGAUAGUUUCAAUGGAUUGGCUAUGCACUCGGCUGACUAUAGGAAUGCUAAACCGUUUGAAGGAAUGAGAGUAGCUGUCGUCGGAUCUUCGUCGUCGGGAUCAGAGAUCGCUUCGGACCUAGUCAAUAGUUCACUUGUUAAAGAGGUGACUACAUUUGCACGUACCAACAUAUUUAUCAUUCCAAAGAGUGUAAAGACAGCGAAUCGAUCUUACAAAGUACCGUUUGACUAUGUUUCAUUCUCGCGAAAACGAUACUACGAAGACAACAGAUCGACGCCAGAGAAGAACCGUGCCAAACAAGCAUUCAUUGCAUCGGUAUCGACACAACAAGAUAUAGAAGAGACAAAAGUUCGGUCAUCACCUGAACUACCUUUGUUUGUCGGAUUAUCCGAUGAUUUCAUCUCUCUAAUUCGAUCGCAACACAUUAAAUAUAUAAAUACAACCAUUAAUAGAAUAGAAGGAAAUAAGUUAUAUUAUAAUCAACCUAUAUAUAACAAUAGCAACAACAAUAACAAUGAUAAUAAUAAUAGUAAUGACGAUAAUGAUAUUAAGAAAGAAAAAAAAGAAACAACUGUUGAAGUGGAUGCUAUUAUUUAUUGUACUGGUUAUUAUGUUAAUCUAGAGUAUUUAGAUAAGGAGAUAUUGGAUGCAAUAGAGUUUGAUCGAUCACAUAAGAUUCAACCGAUACUUGCUUAUAAUACGGUGUUUCCACGUGGUGUUGAUGGUUUGGCGUUUGUCGGGAUGUAUCGUGGACCUUACUUUGGUGUGUGUGAGUUACAAGCGAGAUGGGCCACCGGUGUAUUCUCUGGCAAUGUAAAGGCACCAACCACCGAAGAGAUUGCAGCAGGUGUCGAACUAGAGAGAGCCAUUCGAAACGAUAAGAAUCAACCACAAUUCCCACAUUCCGACUAUGUUGCAUUCUCUGAUCUCAUAGCUAAAUCAAUAGGAGUAUUACCUGAUUUCAAUGAACUUCAAAAGCAACAACAACACCAAGCAGAAGAACAAAAAGAAACAACAACAGGAUCAUCAGAAACAACAAAAACACAUUUAUAUAAAAUGAUAUGGGAUGGAUUCUUUAUACCACCAACCUUUAGACUAUAUGGUUUGGGUUCAAAUUAUAAAGAAGCUGUUGCAAACAUUGAAGAAAUCAAUAAUUUAUUUACUAACCGAUAA